AUGGAAGAGUCUUCUAUGAAGGAUGGCACAACGCCAAAGAUAUCGAAACAUGGAAAGGCUUGCGUCAAUUGUGCGAAGGCUAAAGUUAAAUGUGUGGAAAAAAACGGUGUUGGGGCUUGUGAAAGAUUGAACAAAAACUGUCAACCGAUCACCAGGAUAGAGAGGCGAAAGCCGGUGAAAAAAACCACAGCUGCGAAGACUGCAGAGCUCGAGAGGAAACUCGACGGGCUAGUUUCAUUGUUAACUGCAGCUACUCAAGGCCAAAGCACGCCUUCUUCAACAGCAUCGGAUCGUGCUGUCUCGCCAGCUCCCCAGGAUAUUGCUCAAGGUUUUAGCUAUCAGACCGGAUCAGAUUUUGGCAACAUUCCUAUGAGGGGACUUGGAGCUAUCGACGUAAGCCCUUUAAGUUCUAUCCCUAUACAUUUCACUCCACCGGGACCAGCAAUCGGGCCACCGCAUCGUGACCCAAGUGGCCAUCAUUCUUCGACUCAAAUCCCCACAGAAUCAUCUCCAAUCUCUCUCACCCCGCCUGAAUUAGAAUUAUCACCGACGGAAGAAGAAAACAUACUUUACCACUUCCGAACCAAUUCAAUAAAAUAUCUCCCGUUUAUCUUUAUACCGCCAAAUACAAACAUCCAUGACUUUAAGAAGGAAAAUCCGUUUUGGUGGUUGGCCAUUGUGAUGACUACGGCAAAAAGGACCUCGACACGAAUCACACUGGGAACGCAUAUCCGCCAAGUUCUGAGUCAUAGACUAAUUGGUAUGGGUGAGCGUAAUCUUGAUCUUCUAUGGGGUUUAUUGACUUAUAUCGCAUGCUUCUCAUUAUAUUUUCAAAAGAUCGAUACUCUUCGAUGGACACCCUAUGCAGACGCAUCAGCCAAGAUUCUCUCCAAAAAUCCAGAAUUUGCCCGUGACACAUUAAUGGUUCAAAUUGUGCGCCUGCAGCUCAUUCAAGAGCGCGUAAAGGAUGCUCCAUGGCUUGACACGGCUGGUGAUGGAAACGCGGCUUUUAAAGCACCUGCUCUUUUCUACCUCAAAGCCUUGAAAAGUCAGAUGGAAACAUUCAAACAGCAAAUUCCAGAUGAAGUCUGUGAAAAUGAUACUUUUCUGCUGUAUCUAUACAAUACAGAACUUACCAUACACGAAGUUGCUCUCUCCAAAGAAGCUAUUGUCGACCUGCCAGAUUCCCAACGCUUAGAGUCCCUUUGCAUUUGUUUUCAAGCUGUGAAAUCAUGGUUUGAUCUCUACUUUUCCCUCCCUUGCAAAGACCACAUAUCAUUUAUUUUCCCCAUCUAUAUGCACAUUUCGCACUGCAUGGUAGCUCUCUACCGAUUAUCAGUCUUCGAAGAUCCACAAUGGGAUGUCCAUUUGGUUCGUCAACAGUUAGAUCUUUCACAUGUCCUAGGAAAAAUCGUAAAGACCUGGGAGAAUGUCAAAAGUGAAGCAGGAUUAGACGUUGGAGCAACGGGGACGGAUGAUGUGGAUCUCUAUACUUCUAAUGCAAAGAGGAUUGCGUUACUGAAGAAAUGGUGGGACGCGAAGGUAGUUGCGGAAACUUCUAGGAAUGCAUCGAGCGAGAAAUUUCAAAGUGUGGGUGGGAAUGGGAGUGACAACGCAAAUGGAGAUGGGAAUUUAAGCGCAGAGCCCAUUCCUCAAGCUCAGGGACUUGAAUUCUCAAACUUUAGCAUGGAUAUGGGGUCGGAGAUUUGGGAUGACGGAUGGUGGCAGGAUGCUUUCGGUAUAUGA